UUAGUGACAGCUGUCAACGUCAUUAUUUGCAGUUGCAGGUUUUAGGUUAGGAUAUUUUAGAAAGGAAACUAAAUAAUAUUUGUAAAAUCACCAAAAAUGUUACGUCGCACAAUAUCUUGGGCAAUUCAAACUAGGAGCAUAAAGAACCAAGUUAAAGCUGAAUGGGUGAGACCACCAUAUGUACCUGCUUACAAACCUGAAAGGUCCGGGGACUUGGAAGGUCUUCCCCCAAUUCCAACUGAGGCAAUAGCUAAAGAAUAUGCAGAAUGCGAUGAAAUGAAAGAAGCAUCAGAGGCAGUCAAAAAGAUUUUCUCUGUAGCACAUUUGGGGCAAAAAGAAUACCAUGCCUUGGUCAUUAAGGAACUAAUAGAUCGAGUAAAACGGCACAAUUAUGAUGAUGACACGGAAGAAACUAAAAUUGCAAAAUUUACUGGACAAAUAAGAUAUCUUCAGAAGAUUAUGGAAAAAACUCCAAAAAAUGCAAAAGUAAAGCAAGCAGUUCAAGAACUAAUUGACAAAAGGAAGAAACAUCUUAAGUUUUUGCGUCAACAUGAUUACAAGAAAUUUGAAUGGCUAUUGGAAAAACUCAACAUUGAAUACAAAGGUUUUCCAGAAUCUUAUCAUAAACUAUCACGCAGAGAGUCACUAAGGAAACUUACGGAAUUGCACUGUGAAGAAGUAAAAAGCAACAAACUCGCCGAAUACCGGAACCUCCUAGAGAGCCAACAGGGGCCUUUCCUGAAGGAAAAGCUAGCUGCGUUGAAGUUCAUAAAGAGUGAACAAACAGAACUGAAACUACCUGUGACUGUGACAGACCAGGACAUCAAGAAGGUUGAGAAACAGUUGGAAGAGUGGACAAUAAGAGAUGAGAUCAAACAACAAGCAAAGAAAAAGAAGAAGAAUCUUGUGUUGGACUUGGAAUGAAUUUGGUAGCUAAUAAAUGUAAAUAGUGUGUAGAA